AUGGCUACCCAGUAUAAACUGAGCUCCUCACAAAGAGAUCGCGUAAAAAAGUUCAGUGCUAUUACUCGAAGUUCUGAUAAGGUUGCUAUUGACUGCCUUCAGAUGAGCAAUUGGAGGUUAGAACAGGCCGUAGAUUACUUCUACAGACAGAAUCCAACUCCUCAAGGUCCCACUAUUAAUGAGGCGAAAAUUGACCAUCUGUUCCAGCGUUAUCGUGAUCCUCAGUGUCCUGAUCGCAUACUAGCUACAGGGAUGGAGCUAUUUCUUGUCACAGAUCUCCAUAUUGACCCAGAAAGUUUAAUCACUUUAAUCCUAGCUUGGAAGUUUUCAGCAAAGACCCAAGGAGAAUUUACUCGCGAGGAGUUUUUUCGUGGAUUCAGAGAGUUGGGGUGUGACUCAAUCAGUUCCUUGCGUAAUAAACUUCCUAGUCUAUUAAGUGAUAUAGAAGACAAACAAAAUUUUCGUUCUUUAUACUUAUUCACAUUUGGUUUCGCUAAUCUGGAUAAACAUGAAAGUAAAUCAUUAGUUCUUCAGUACGCUAUUCCCUACUGGGAAAUUCUUCUACGUGGUCGAUUUUGUCAUUUAUCCCUAUGGUUUAAAUUCCUUCAAGAACAUCAUAAACGUCCAAUUUCUAAGGACACAUGGGACCUUCUUCUAGACUUUGUUGAAACAAUUUAUCCUGACAUGUCUAAUUACGAUGAAGAAGGUGCUUGGCCAGUACUGAUUGAUGAAUUCGUCGAAUGGGCAAAGCCUCAAGUUCAGAUGGAUAUUCCACUAACAAACCACCCAUGA